AUGGGAACGAAUGUUCUGUUGAAAUCUAUUGUAGGAUUCAAAUCAGAGAAGAGAAAACAAAAUUGUAUUCAUAAAUAUUUAUCAACAAAUAAUUUCCAAAAUCGAAACAAGGUCAAGGGAACAAAAACUUUUCUUAUUCUCGUCUUAUCAAAAAUCAAAAGAAAACAAUUAAAGCUUAGGAAUAUUUUCGAGGUUUAUUCCUUUGAAGACUCGGCGACAUGGAAAAAGACGGAAAACGGCGGUGUGGCAUUGUACAUUAGUUAUGAAAAACGAUGUAGAAGCACAGCAAGUUAG